AUGGCGGAAGAACUAACAGAUGCGAUAAGGAGGUUUGCUCUCUCUGACAAAGAGCUGGAGGGAACUGACCUGGGAGGAGAAGAGAUAGAUAGAGGUAUUCAAGAAUGUCAGUUAAGCUUAGUGGGGAGGAUAAAAGGUGAGAAAGUGGUUAAUUUUGUUGGAGUUAAGAACUUUGUGAACUCAACUUGGGGGUAUCCAAGGAACCUUAGGAUUAUAGAGCUGGGCCCAAAUUUGUUUCAGUUUUAUGUUCCAAGCAGGGAGGAUAGAGACUGGAUAGUAGGGGGAGGACCCUGGGUCAUGGACAACCAAAUUCUGGUAAUGAAACACUGGUGCGAGGGUAUAGAUGAUGACAUUUCUGCUUUUGAUCUUGCACCCCUCUGGGUUCAAGUCUGGAACCUACCUGUGCACUGGAUAACAAAAGAAGCAGGAUGGAAAAUUGGAGGGGUAUUUCAUGAAGUUAAGGAUGUUGUGGUGCCUCAAGUAGGAGGAAAGGAAGGUAGACACCUAAAGUUAUUAGUGGUCCUGAAUACUUCCCUUCCUCUCUUAAGGGGAACGACAGUCAAAGUAAAUGGAAUCCUGAAAUGGUUGAACUUCAGAUUUGAGAGGUGCCCAGAUUUCUGUUACAAGUGUGGAGUGAUUGGACAUGGUGAAAAGAAAUACAGGGAAGUAAUACAGGUAAGCAAAGGGAAGCAGGAACACCAGUAUGGUCCAUGGAUGAGAGCCAACACUGGGAAAGUAUCACCUCUAAAAGAACAUCAGAAUAAGUAUAACUCUGAGAUGAAUUAUUGGGGCUUUAAAGAUGGAGAGAUGGUACGGUUAAAUCCUAAGGCUAAGGAAAAUAUGGAACAUGGUUAUAAGGAACCUAUGUCUGGAAGGAAGGAAGAAACUAGGAAGAGUAAUGAUGGUAACAUGACAGGCAAGGAGAAGUCCAAAAAGGAUGAAUGUAGGGAGGUGCAGCAACAAAGAGGAGAGGAUAGCAGUAAAGAACUGGAAGGACAAAGUUUAACCCAAUAUAGCUGGAACAGUAAGAAGGAAAGCUCUACCAAAGAAGCUACAAAUACUCUCUCUGAGGGAAACAGUAAAUGUAUAUUAGAGGAAGCAAGGUUGAAUAUCCCAGUGGAGGAAGAGAUGAAUGUUAAGAACAAAGGUUUAAUGGAAAGAAACGGUCUUGAACAAAUAGCACAGGAGCUUAUGCAUGUCACAGUAAUGGAGGAUGAUUCUGGUAGUCCGGAAACAGCUUUAAUGCUAAUUGAUCCAGGAAGCUCUGAGCUGGGCACGAAGGCUGCCCAGAAACAUAACAGGAAAAUGAAGAAGCAGUUGAGAUCUCCCAAAAUCUCUCGUCAGCCUUUGAGGGAUCUGAGUGGGAAUAGGAUAUUGGCUAAUCAACAAGGAAAAAGGAAACUGAAUUUGGUAGAUGAGGAAAUGGUGGAAGUGCAGGUUCUGGUGUGGAACUGCCAAGGAGCAGGGAGCCCCUUGACAGUUCCCCAGUUGAGGGAGGCUAAUAACCUCCUCUCCCCAAAUAUUGUUUUUCUAAGUGAAACCAAAAAUAGGUAUAGUUACAUGAGAAGGGUCCAAAAAAUACUGAGGUUUGAGGAAAGUGUGAUUGUGGAAGCUAUGGAUAGGAAAGAAGGUAUGGCUUUGUUUUGGAAUAAUGAUAUUGAGGUCAGGGAAGUAGUAACAACUGCUCUUACUAUAGAGGCUUUGGUUUAUGAUCAGGAUCUGCAAAUGGAAUGGUGGUUUAUUGGUGUGUACAUGAGCUGUGAUGCUACUAUUAGGAAGCAACAGUGGAAAGUUUUGACUGCGAGACAACAGUUAUGGGGAGAUAAAUGGCUUCUGGCAGGGGACUUCAAUGACAUACUAACUAAUGAAGAGAAGUGGGGAGGCAAUGCAAGAGCAGAGAGGAGUUUCAAGGAUUUUAACAGCUUUAUUGAAUAUAACAAUCUAGUGGAUAUAGGCUUUACUGGUAAUCCUUGGACAUGGAGCAACAACUGGGAUGGUGAAGGGGAGAUAAGGCAAAGACUGGACAGAGGAUUAAGUUCCAUUAACUGGAACCAAGUUUUUGACAAGGCUAAAUGUGAACAUGUGGAAACUGUUGGUUCAGACCACAGCAUGCUGCUCAUAGAUAGUUGGCCCAGAAUGGAUAAAAAAAGAUCACGUUUCUUUUUUGAUAAGAGAUGGCUUAAGAGGGAAGGGAUCAGUCAAGUGGUUGAGCAAGCUUGGAAACAGACAGUGGAAGGUAAUAGGAUGUAUAGGAUUACAAGGCAGAUAGCUAACUGCAGAGUGGCUUUACUCAAAUGGAAAAACAAUUUCAAAGGAAACUCUUUGCAAAGAAUCAAUCAAGUGAAGCAACAGAUUAAGGAGAUUAAGGAAUCUAAGGAAUCAGGAGCUAAGGAUAAAAUCUCAGAGUUGAAGAAUCAGUUGAAAGAGGCCUAUACAGAAGAAGAGCAGUUUUGGGCUCAAAAAGCAAGGAUUGACUGGCUAAGAGAAGGGGAUAAGAACACAAAAUUUUUUCAUGCGUGUGUGAAGGGGAGAAGAAGGCGAAAUAGGAUGCUCAAUAUACAAAGGGAGGAUGGUUCUUGGACAAAGAGUGAGGAGGAGCUGGGAAAAGAAGUAGCUGAAUACCAUAGAGUCCUUUUUGCAAGUUUUGGUUGUGAGGGUCUGAGUGAGAUUCUAGAUGGUAUACCUACCACUAUCACUACUGAGAUGAAUGCAAGGCUUACUCAGGAUGUUGAGGAGAAGGAAAUUAAAACUGCUCUUUUCUUCAUGAAUCCAAAUAAGGCACCAGGCCAAGAUGGCAUGAAUCAUUUGUUCUUCCAAAAAUUCUGGCACGUUGUGAAAUCAGAUUUAGUUGCUGCCAUUAGGAAUUUCUUUCUUUCUAGCAACAUGCCUAAGUCUUGGAAUCACACAGUCAUCUCCCUCAUCCCUAAAAUCCAGAAUCCUACCAACUUGAAGAGCUAUAGGCCUAUUAGUCUCUGUAAUCUUUCAUCCCAGGCAGACAAAUUCUUGACAAUGUCAUUCUUUCUCAUGAAUUUUUGCAUUACAUGA